AUGAAGUUCCUGCUCCCCGCCACCGUCACCAUCGCCGCUUUGGCCUCGUCCGCCAGUGCUCAGCAGUUCUGCGGUCGCGACGACAACAAGGUGGUCGGAGACUACACCGUGUACAACAACCUGUGGGCCGAGGAAAACGACCCUAAGGGCGGCCAGUGCACGGAGGUGACCGGCAGCACCAGCUCGUCCGUGUCGUGGCAGACAAGCUUCAACUGGGCCGGCGACAACUGGCAAGUCAAGUCGUUCGCCAACGCCGCGCUCAAGUUCACCCCCAAGCAGGUCUCGACCGUCACGUCGAUCCCCACGAGCAUCGCGUACAAGUACACCUACGACGGCAACAUUAUCGCCAACGUGGCCUACGACCUCUUCACUAGCUCGACUCCCACGGGAGAUGUCGAGUACGAGCUGAUGGUGUGGCUGUCGGCGCUGGGCGGCGCUUGGCCUCUAACCGACAGCGGCAAGCCCAUCAAGACCGUCACUGCCGGUGGCGUCGAGUUCGACCUGUACCAAGGCUUCAACAAGAAGGUCAAGGUUUUCUCGUACGUCGCCAAGAAGUCGGCCACCAGUUUCACGGCGGACCUGAAGUACUUCUUCGACCAGCUCCCGGCCGACAACAACCUCCCGCAGACGCAGUACCUGCAGAAGGUGGAGGCCGGCACCGAGCCGUUCCAGGGCAAGAACGCCAAGAUGGUCGUGUCGUCCUACUCCGUGCAGGUCAAGUAA